AUCGUGCGGCGCUCAGUCCGCUCGUCGCGCCUGACUCGACCGUACGUGUCGCGCACGCUUCGAACAAAACUUUACUCGACUCGCUUUGUGGACGCGAACAUUAUUUAUUUAAAAUAUUCACUAUAAAAUUAUAGGUGUUACUAGUAAUUAUUAUAAGUUGUGCAAAGUUUGACUUUUUCAUAAAGUUUUGAAGGUGUUAUGGUCGGAGUGCAGUAGUUACAGAAGUUUUCAAUAUGCAGUAAUGAGACUUCGUACGGACCGUAAACGCAGGUCUCCCGCUCGACGCCCCGCUGCACGCACACACACACAUCUGCAAAUAAUUGUUGACAAUCACAAAAUGUAAAUAGUGUGGCGGAGGGUGUCGCGGCCGCUGCAGCGAGGAUGGCGCUCGAGGAGAUGGAGAUGUACGGCGCGCCGUGGAAUGCGAGCGCGUUCGCGUACGACGAGAACGGCACGUACAACGGCACGUUCGAGAACUGCCCCAACGUGAACCUGCCCGUGGUGUACGUGGUGACGCAGGUGCUGUACGCGCUGGUGUGCGUGGUGGGGCUGCUGGGCAACACGCUCGUCAUCUACGUCGUGCUGCGCUACUCCAAGAUGCAGACCGUCACCAACAUGUACAUCGUUAACCUGGCCAUCGCCGACGAGUGCUUCCUCAUCGGCAUCCCCUUCCUCAUCGUCACGAUGUCGCUGCGCUCGUGGCCCUUCGGUAGCUUCAUGUGCAAGGCGUACAUGAUUUCGACCGGGAUCAACCAGUUCACUAGCAGCAUCUUCCUGUGCAUCAUGAGCGCGGACCGCUACAUCGCAGUGUGCCACCCCAUCGCGGCGCCGCGCCUGCGCACGCCGGUCGUGUCGCGCGUGGUCUCCGCCGCCGCCUGGACCGCCUCCGCGCUGGUCAUGACGCCCAUCUUCAUGUACACCACGCUCAUCCCGACCGAGAACGGCCUCUCCUGCAACAUCGUGUGGCCCGAGCGCGAGUUCAACAAGGGCCAGACCUCUUUCACUCUCUACUCCUUCGCGCUCGGCUUCGCUGCGCCGCUCACGCUCAUCUUCGUCUUCUACUGCCUCGUCAUACGCAAGCUGAAGACGGUAGGACCGAAGAACAAGUCUAAAGAAAAGAAGAGGUCGCACAGGAAGGUUACCAAACUGGUGCUGACCGUGAUUGCCGUGUACGUGCUGUGCUGGCUGCCGUACUGGGCGUUCCAGGUGGCGCUGAUCUACUCGCCGCCGACGGAAUGCGCGAGCCGCAUCACCGUCACCGUGUUCCUGGUGGCCGCCUGCUUCAGCUACAGCAACUCGGCCAUGAACCCCAUCCUGUACGCGUUCCUCUCGGACAACUUCAAGAAGAGCUUCCUGAAGGCGUGCACGUGCGCCGCCGGCAAGGACGUGAACGCGGCGCUGCACGUCGAGAACAGCGUGAUCCCUCGCAAGAAGGGCGGCGGAGCGGCGCGCGCGGCCCUGCGAGCCGGCAGCGAAGCUCGCGCCCCGGCGGCGCCGCGCGGCUCGCGCUCUGACGCGUCCACGGCGCUCACGUCGCGCUCCGCCGCCGCCAGCGAGGCGCUGCCGCUGGAGGCGCGGCCGGCCGCGCUGGCGCCGCUCAUAGCGCCCAACGGCGUGUCGCACUCGCGGCUCUGAGUGCGGGCGGCGGCGGCGGCGCCCACGCCCGACGAGGACACGCUCAUCGUGUCCAUCGACUAGUGAGGCGGCCGCCGCGUGUCGCAUGUCGCGGUUCGCCGGCGGGGCGGCGCGCGCGCGAUACGAGCCCAGUCGCGCGCGCGCGUCCCCGCCUCGUGAUCGUGAAGGACGAGCGCCUAUUGUUUCGGUGUCCAAAUUGUGAAGUGAGUGGAGUCGAUUCGGCUUAGGGUUGUAACAAAGAAUUUAUUAAAGUGUAGUUUUUUAUCGCAUAGCGAUUGUAAGAUUACUGUUUGUAUACCGUUAGUUUACGAUGUAAAAAUGUACAUAUCGUGUAAAUAUUCAUAAAGUGGUCAUAAUGUCAAAGUUGUAAUAAAAUUACGUUCGUCAAGAA